GCUUGGCCAGCGCUGGCACGACGGAGUUCCGGUCCAGGUCUCCUACCUCUGCGCUGUGUGGAGGCGGUGUAGGGUCCGAGGCGGGCGGGGCAGGAUGAUCACGGACGUGCAGCUCGCCAUCUUCGCCAACAUGCUGGGCGUGUCGCUCUUCCUGCUCGUCGUUCUCUAUCACUACGUGGCCGUCAACAACCCCAAGAAGCAAGAAUGAAAGUGGCGCUUUCUCCGCCCUCAGGGCUCCAGGACAUAGUCUGAGGCCACAUGGAGGGUGUGAGGGGCCUCCACACUUCAUCCCUCUGCCCAUCACAGCAUGCAAAGCAACUACACCUGGAGUUGUCCAAACAA